AUGACGGCUGGGCUGACUGACAAUCGGCUCCGGCACAUGGUUGAGAUUAUAUCCGGUAUGCGUGUUAUUAAAAUGUAUUCCUGGGAACAGCACUUCGCAGACCUCGUGGCUGAUGACCGAAAGCAGGAAGUGUCGUGUAUGCAGAGAUCUUGUUUACUGAAGGCAAUCAAUUUGGCAUUGUUUAAAGUGGCGUCCAAGUUGAUUUUAUUUCCCAGUUUUAUUACCUUGAGCUCACUACUGAUGACAAUUCUGAAAGAACUGCCGCUUCUGUCGGGGAGUAUAGAAACGGUGGGAUCGAUAAGCUAUGUCUGUCAGGAGUCCUGGAGUUUCAACACUAGUGUCCGAAAUAAUAUACUUUUUGGGGCCGAAUAUAACGAAUCCCGUUAUAAACGAGUGGUAGAGGUGUGCGCUUUGGAACGAGACUUUGAUCGAUUCCCGUUCGGAGACAAGACAUUAGUGGGUGAGAGAGGAGUACAGCUGUCGGGGGGACAGAAGGCCCGCAUCACGUUAGCCAGAGCUCUGUAUCGAAACUCUGACAUUAUAUUAAUGGACGACCCGUUAAGUGCUGUCGACGCGUCAGUUGCCGAACAUAUAUUUAAUAAAUGUAUAGUCGACUACUUGUGCGACAAAAUCCGUAUUCUAGUCACACAUCAAAUCCAAUUCAUACGAAAAGCGACACAAAUAUUGGUUUUGAACGACGAGGGAAAGUGUCUGGGAUUGGGAUCCUAUGAUGAGCUCCAGUCCCGGGGCUUAGACUUCAUGUCUAUUCUCAGCGAUCAGGAGAAGGAAGCGGACGAAAUGGAAGGAGUUGAUAGGGAGAACUCGGAUAAUAAAGUUACAUUUUCACAACACAGCGAUGACAAUCAAAUAAAAUCCAAGAGAACAUUAGUGACCGAGAGUUUGACAAUUAGAAAUUUGGGAGCGGGAGAGGCGGGACUCGCUUUAUCAUCAGCCCUAAUGUUGACCGGAAUGACCGCAUGGGGUGCCCAUCAAUCGGCGGAGAUGGAGAAUCAGAUGACUUCAGUCGAGCGCAUCAUUCAGUACUCAAAACUACCACAAGAGGCGGCCCUCACAGCCCAGGAUAGCCAUAAACCCCCUCCCAAUUGGCCACAGAAGGGACAGAUAGAGCUCAAGGAUAUGAGUUUGUGUUACGAGGGAUCAGACAAACCGGUGCUCAAAAACUUGAAUUGUGUUAUAAAGAGUGGAGAGAAGGUAGGGAUAGUCGGACGGACGGGCGCCGGCAAGUCGUCCAUCAUAUCGGCGCUGUUUCGUAUGGUUGAGCCAAAGGGGGAGAUAGUUAUGGACGGCAUUAACACGGGAUCAAUAGGUUUGCAUGACUUGCGGUCAAAGAUCUCAAUCAUACCUCAAGACCCGGUGGUCUUCACGGGAAGCGUCAGAAAAAAUUUGGAUCCUUUCGGCGAAUACAGCGACCAAAGAAUAUGGAGUGCAUUAGACUCAGUGCAGCUGAAGGGGGCGGUGGGGGACCUCCCGGGCCAGUUGGACGGCCAGUUGGCCGAAGGGGGCGCUAAUCUGAGUGUAGGUCAGAGGCAGUUGGUAUGUCUGGCGCGGGCUAUACUGCGGCACAAUAGGGUACUAGUGCUGGACGAGGCGACCGCUAAUGUUGACCAUCAAACCGAUGCCUUAAUUCAGACCACAAUUCUGCUGGACGAGGCGACCGCUAAUGUUGACCAUCAAACCGAUGCCUUAAUUCAGACCACAAUUCGUCACAAAUUCAGUGACUGUACUGUCCUUACAAUUGCUCACAGACUCAACACUAUUAUGGAUUCCGAUCGCGUUUUGGUUUUGGACGCGGGAGAGAUCGUAGAGUUUGACGAACCGUUUGUUUUACUGCAGCGAAAUGGACAGUUGUAUGACAUGUGCCGCAAGACAGGAGAACAUAUGUUCAAUCAUUUACUAAAUAUGGCUAAAGAAUCACAACUUAAGAGAUUUAAUACCACACAAGUCGAAGACAAAGACAUGGUUUCUCAUCUUUGA